CAACAUAGAAACUCCAGAGAUCUUUGGCCUGUAAGGGCUUCUUUUGCCAUGGACAGCUGAGAACAUGGAUCAUUCCUUGCCUCAGCUAGUUGCGGAAGUCUCCGAGCUUCUGCGAAACAGCAGAUCAAUGGAGAACAAAAGGGAGACAAUUUUUGAACUUCUUCGAAGAGCCUGCUUAAAGUCGGCCAAGGAGGAGAGUCUUGAGGUUCCCUCCAUCACGGAGGCUGGCAUCGAAGAUGUUUGGCUUUUCUUACUGAAGCUUCGCAAGACCAGCCCCGUGCGAAAGCGCCGCGUGGACGAGUGUUUGAAUGCCUUGAUUGCUUCGGAGAGGUGGACAGGAGUACUCCACCAAUCGUCCAGGCUGCUGGAGGUGCUGAUGGAGUCAGAUCCUGAAGUUCAAAGCAAACUGAGCCCAGAAAGCGUGACAAGAGCGAGGUCGACAUCUCAAACCGAAACACUUGAUCCGCCAGGCAUUGUAGAGCCGGAGAAGGUGCCGAUGUCAACAUCAGUGCCUGGACCACAAGGAGGAGCGAUGAAUCCCUUCGGUCCGGCGAAAGCCAAGGCCUCGAAUCCCUUCGCGAGGUUCGAGAAGAUGAGCCCCAAGGCUCGUGAGGGAAGCAUGGCCUUCUCUGCAGCCUUUGAGGAGAAGGACAGGACUGAGACCAAGGUGAUGGGCGAAGUGGAGAAAACGAACGGAGAAAACGAUCGCUUGGCCAAUGGAGAGCCUGGUUCUCAGACUCAGACUCAAUUCCUCAACAUGGCAAAGGGUGCGUGCUCAGCUGCCGGCCAGGGUGCCAUGACAGCUGCCAAAAAGACCAUGGAGUUUGAGCAGAAGCACCACUUGACCCAAAGAGCUGCUCAAGCUACAAUGUCAUCAGUGGAAGCAGUGAGGGAAGCGAACCAAAAGUAUGGAGUGACCCAGAAGAUAGGACAAGGCGUUUCCACAGCGGUCACCAGGACGAAGGAAUUUGAGCAAGAACAUCAAGUCAGCUCGCGAGCCAUGAAUGCGGCCCGAGCUUCUGUCGCUGCUGCUCGUGAUGUGAACCAGAAGUAUGGAGUGACUGAGAAGAUCGGACAGGGAGCUUCUGCUGCAUAUUCCAAGGCUACAACUGUGGCCUCAGGUCUGAAGAGUGGAAGCGCGUCGAAGAAUCCAUUUGCAAGCGCACCUCAAGCACCUGCUGUCCCAGCAAACUCUGGCAAUCCUUUUAGAAGCUGAAGUCGGAUUGCCAGAGUUGGAAAAAAGGAACUGACUAGUUGCCACUACUAGCCUUUCCAGCCAAUUUCGAGACUCUAUGCUUUUUGGACCACUGGUUUCACUUUCUCCAUCCUUUCGUUUCAGAUUCGGUUGCCCAAGGUGCUGCUGGACCAUCUCCAACGGAUCCGCUCGGAAGGCCUCCAUGGUGUUUCCUUGGAGCAGAAGGACACUGUGAGCAUGAGGGUGAACCAGAAGCGGCCGAUGCUGUGCUUGCAGACGGACGUCCGAAACAAGUGCGUGGAGAAGCUGGUCUCUGUUCUGGCUGCUGAGAAAUGCCUUGCGGUUUCUGAGGAGGACACAGAUACAGCAUGGUUGCAGAUCAACAAAAGCUCUAGGCUGGUCUCAGAGAAGGCUCUCAGUUGUGAUCCUGAAGACCUUGCUUGCGAAGCCAAGGAGUUAGCCUGCAGCCUGAGGUACUUGAUGGAACGGGAUUGGCCGACUCGAAGCUACCCUAUCCACCCAGAGUUGGAUAAGAUCGUGUUUCAAUUGAGCACUGUUUGUGAAGGUGGUAAUGUUAGCUUGGCACUCGCCAAUGUCGACCACAUUCGCGAACCGAGUGAUGCGAAACCUUCAGCUUCAGCUUCAUCCUGCAGUCCUGCUGAUAGUUGCACUACCAACGUGGUCGAGUAUCAGAAACAACAUCCGGGUGCAGCUUACGGGAUGAGCGCGGGGCGGAUUGCAGCCUCUACAGCCAUUUCAACCAUCAAUGACAUUCUCCGGUCAACGAAAGUCAUGGGAGUGGCAGGCAGUGUAGCCUUCACUCUCAUGAAUGGAUUCCUUGGAGCCUUCUUUCCUAGUGCAGGAGGCCUGCCAACCAACCCAUGCACCUAUGCCACAAAGAACUGGGGAAGAUGUGUUUGGGAACAGGUGAAGCCCUUUGUGGAGGAGUUUGUUGACCUGAAGAUCGACCAAACCUUUGAAGAGCUGUGGGAAGCAACGAUUAAAGGCUACCAGAACCGGUUAUGGGCUCUGAAUGCAACUGCAUACAGAGACUCCACGCAUUUUAACAAUGGCACAAUCAAACAUAUGCCUUACAAGGUUAGGAAGAGGAUGUUUGCGGACAUGUACCAAGUUCACAAUCAAAUGGUUGGCGACAUGAGUCUUUUUCUGACCAAUCAUUCGCUGCAAACCACUGCUGGCGCGUAUCUCUCCCAGUUUGCCUCUUUGCACAUCAGUGUGAUGACAAAUCUUCUAGGUAGCUCAACCUACCAGACGAAAGGCAAUCUCUAUGUCUUCGGGACCUAUUCAAUGUGCUAUGCCAAGUACGUUUACAACCGCUCAACUGAGGCUUUCAAAGCACGCAUGUCAUCUCUGGGAAGCAAGACAGUUGAUGAAGGUACUCAAAAGUGCUGCAACCUUUUUCCUUAUGGUCCAGGUCCUGAUUGCGUGAUGUGCCCCAAGGGCUAUGGAGAGUUUUGGGACAAUUGGCGUGAAUGCAGCUGGGAGAAGCUACAGUACGGACUGGGUUGCGCACCAUUGACGGCCGCUUGCGGUAGUGACCCGGUUGCCAUAUUUUCAAUGACCCAGUGCUUUACCAACCACCGCAAUGAGGUUGAGAAACAGGCUGUGGCUUUUUGGCAGAGCUGGCUCGCACCGAUCCCAAUGUGGUUGAACAAUGUGAUGCUCAUGCAGAAGAUUGAGGUGAAAGUGAGAAAGCAGGCUGAGAAAUACCUUGCGGUUUCUGAGGAGGACACAGAUACUGCAUGGUUGCAGAUCAACAAAAGCUCUAGGUUGGUCUCAGAGAAGGCUCUCAGUUGCGAUCCUGAAGACCUUGCUUGCGAAGCCAAGGAGUUGGCCUGCAGCCUGAAGGAGACGAUGGAAAAGGAUUGGCCCACUCCAAGCCACUACCCUAUUCACCCAGAGUUGGAUGAGAUCUAUUCUCAGUUGAGAACCGUUUGUGAAGGUGGCCAUCUUAGCUUGGGAGUCAUCAAUGUGGACCUCAUUCGCGAAUCGAGUGAUGCAACAGCUUCUGCUUCAGCUUCAUCCUGCAGUCCUCCUGCUAGUUGCACUACCAACGUGGUCGAGUAUCAGAAACAACAUCCGGGUGCGGCCUACGGGAUGAGCGCGGGGCGGAUUGCGGCCUCUACAGCCAUCUCAACCAUCAAUGACAUUCUCCGGUCGACGCAAGUCAUGGGAGUGGCAGGCAGUGUAGCCUUCACUCUCAUGAAUGGAUUCCUUGGGGCCUUCUUCCCUAGUGCAGGAGGCCUGCCAACCAACCCAUGCACCUAUGCCACUGAGAACUGGGGAAGAUGUGUUUGGGAACAGGUGAAGCCCUUUGUGGAGGAGUUUGUUGACCUGAAGAUCGACCAAACCUUUGAAGAGCUGUGGGAAGCAACGAUUAAAGGCUACCAGAACCGUUUAUGGGCUUUGAAUGCAACUGCAUACAGAGACUCCACGCAUUUUGAUAAUGGCACAAUCAAAGAUAUGCCUGACAAGGUCAGGACGAGGAUGUUUGAGGACAUAUACCAAGUUCACAAUCAAAUGGUUGGCGACAUGAGUCUUUUUCUGACCAAUCAUUCGCUGCAAACCACUGCUGGUGCGUAUCUCUCCCAGUUUGCCUCUUUGCACAUCAGUGUGAUGACAAAUCUUCUAGGUAGCUCAACCUACCAGACGAAAGGCAAUCUCUAUGUCUUCGGGACCUAUUCAAUGUGCUAUGCCAAGUACGUUUACAACCGCUCAACUGAGGCUUUCAAAGCACGCAUGUCAUCUCUGGGAAGCAAGACCGUUGAUGAAGGCACUCAACAGUGCUGCAAGCCCUUUCCAUAUGGUCCAGGUCCUAAUUGCGUGACUUGCCCCAAGGGCUAUGGAGAGUUUUGGGACAAUUGGCGUGAAUGCAGCUGGGAGAAGCUACAGUACGGACUGGGUUGCGCACCAUUGACGGCCGCUUGCGGUAGUGACCCGGUUGCCAUAUUUUCAAUGACCCAGUGCUUUACCAACCACCGCAAUGAGGUUGAGAAACAGGCUGUGGCUUUUUGGCAGAGCUGGCUCGCACCGAUCCCAAUGUGGUUGAACAAUGUGAUGCUCAUGCAGAAAAUUGAGGUGAAAGUGAGAAAGCAGGCCUUUCGAGUGUCCCAAUUCACCUGCCCUGUUUGA